AUGACCACAACCCAGACAACAGCCCACCCCCACGCUCACACACCCACCCCAACGCGCGACGAGCGCGACGAGCGCAUCUUUACCAACUGCGAAAUCAUCUGGGGAAAAGGCACGUACGACCUGGAACUCGAAGCCGACGACUGGGAAACAUGGUGGGCGCUCGUCCGACGCGACUAUGGAUCCUCGUACGGCGGACCUUUGACGAUGACAGGGAUCUGCUCUUCAGAAGACGACGCCUGGGCGGAACUCGACCGGAUGCUCACUGUGUGGGCGAAACAGGUGCAGAGCGGGGAGCCGAUGACGGAGGAUAAGGGGUUGGAGAUCUUUGGGGGGCCGAGGGGCGAGCACAAGUCGCAUAUUCGCCAGUUUUGGGGGGAGUUGAGGAGGAGGGGGUCGAGGAGGCAUGAGAAGGGGAAGAGAGGGGUUAAAUGA